GUCACCCAACUUCCCCAUUAUUCUGUAUACUUGGUCUGGUUAGCCAUCACGAUACUGCCUGAAUGCUGCCCUGACUAUAAAUACCGGUCACUCUUCUUGCCGUACUACUUGGUCGUCUCUAACAUGAAUAGGGUCACAGCAUCGAAACGACCAUCCCGCCAUGUCUCCUAACAGCGACAAUGCCAUGGCUCGCUUCUUGUUCGCUAUACUGAAGCAGAAGAACCUCAAGGAUAUUGACUGGAACCAAGUUGCCGAAGAUCCUGUGCUCCUGCAGCCCAUUUCGAAUGGCCAUGCUGCUAGGAUGCGCUACUCCCGCUUCAGAGCAACAGUUUCCAACGCUGAUGGACGGUCACCCUCCUCAUCGACAGGCUCAAAGAGCAAGAGCACGGACAAACACCGAGUGUCAAAGGCGAAGACGAAGAAGGAUGGUCCAAUCAAGGCAGAACCGGGGCGCGUUGUCAAGCAAGAAUUCACACAGCCCUCACUGUCAAACUACUCUCCCGCAUCAGGAUCAGCACCCUCUCCAUACUUAUCCGACCACUACGACGACUUCACUACUCGGUUUCUGACACCAUGCAGCGAUGACAUGGGGAACCACAACCUCGCCGUCAAUCCCUCUGCGAUCGAGCGUCCCCCCGGUCCCCAGACUUUCUCCCCUGCGCUUGACUUCAUGCAGGCUGCUGGUGUUCCCAACAUCCUAUCGCCAAAUUUUUCCGCAUUCGACGAGGCUGCGUUCGACAUAAAUACAUUCAUGACUGCCGACAGUCAGUCUGCUGGUCCCAACUCCUUGGACGAGUGGCACGACCGCCUCCACCACCAAUUCUGAUACCCCUGCGGAAGACGUUCAGCGUCACUCGCAAGGCGAGAUGCCAUUAUGACC